AUGGAGCGGGGGCUGAGUUCCACCUACCGCCCACAGACGGACGGGAAGACGGAGCGGGUGAACGGGCUUCUGGAACAAUAUUUGAGGUGCUACAUAAACUUCCAGCAAUCCAGUUGGGCGGAGCUAUUGCCGUUUGCCGAGUACGGAUACAACAACAGCCUCCACAGCUCCACUAAAAUGACUCCCUUCCGGGCGGUGAACGGUUACAAGGGAAAGCCGUUCCCUUCUCUGCCAGGAGGGGAAGGCGAUUCCCAGCCCACAGACUGUCAGCAAUGGUGGGGCCGCCUGGAAAAAACUUGGAAAAUAAUACAGGAGAAUCUAGAGGUGGCAAAAAGGGAUUACAAAACCCAGUUUGACAAAAAGCAUAGCCCAAACUGGGAUUUCAAAGAAACCAACAGCAAUAGAGGUAUGGAAAUCAGUAACUCCGGUACCACUACUGAGUUCACCUUAGUUGGUCUGUCCAGUUCUCCUGAACAUCAGAGCUUCAUCUUUUGGGCUUUCAUCUUCAUCUAUGCAGCAGCCUUGUCAGGAAACAUUCUCCUCAUCCUUGCCAUUGGCACUUGCAGCAAACUUCACACUCCAAUGUAUUUCCUGCUUGUCAACCUAUUCUUGGUGAAUGUAUGCUCUGUCUCCAUCACAGUUCCCAAAAUGCUGCAGAAUGUUUUGACCCACAAGUGGUCCAUCUCAUUUUCUGCUUGCAUCACUCAAGUAUUUCUUUUUGUAUGGGCUUUAGGGACAGAGAUUCUGUUACUCUCAUUUAUGGCUUUUGACCAUUAUGCUGCCAUCUGUCAGCCUUUUCAUUAUUCAGUCAUCAUGAGAAAAGAGGUGUGCAUUGGGGUAGCAGCAGGAGUGUGGAUUGUGGGAAUGGUCAAUUCUGCAGUUAACACUGGUCUGUUGCUGAACCUCUCCUUCCGUUCAUCCAAAGUCAUCGAGUGUUUCUUCUGUGACCUGCCUCCACUGUGGAAGCUCUCUUGCUCUGACAUCAGCCUAAAUGAAACCCUGGCUUUUGUAGCUGAUGUGACCUUCACAAUGAGCAGUUGUGCACUCACUCUAGUAUCAUAUUUACUUAUCUUAAGAGCAAUACUUAACAUCCAGUCUGUCCAAGGAAAGAAAAAAGCAUUCUCUACAUGUUCCUCCCAUCUUUUGGUGGUGAGCUUUUAUUUCUCCACUAUUAUCUACACAUAUGCUAAACCAUCCUCAGCUAAUUGCCACCCCAGGCCGAAUUCCCUGGAGGAGUACAAGACUGUUGCAACCAUUUACUCAGUGAUAACUCCAGUGUUCAAUCCAAUCAUAUAUUCCCUUAGGAACAAAGAUGUUAAGAAAGCUUUGGUAAAACUGAUAUAUAAAUCCAGGGCUUCCCAGCAAGAAUGA